AUGUCUGCACUUGAUCGUGAUGAGUUGCGGCUUUCUCGUACACGAUUCCCGGGCGUAAUACAGCUAGGGAAAGUGGAGCACAUUGAUGCGGAAACCAUCUCGAAACUGGUGACUUCGGUAGGUUAUCGACUGGACUUUGUUCUCCUUGCUGCGGCUUCCCCCUGUACUUCAUUGAGUAAGAACGAUGCGAGUCUCUUCUUUGAUAUCAAUCGGAUUUACAGUUUGCUGAGAGAUUCGUUCGCUGUACCAGUUCAUCUCAUGGUUGAGAACUUGGCAAAUAUCCCGCCGGACGACAUUCGUUCGUUCAACGAGGCAUUGGAUCUCAAGCCUUACCUUGUCGACUCAAAGUACUUCACGUGGGUCCGGCGGCCCAGGCUCUUCUGGGUCACCUGGGGCAUCUCGCUCAUGCCAGGAGAAACCCUGGUAGAUCAUGAACUGUUCUUUGAGUGGGUUUUCCCCGACGUGCGAGGUGAUAAGGAGGCGUGGGUUGAUGAGGUGAGUUCGUGGCAUGUUGUCCGCCUUGUCCCUCAUUUCUUGCGAAUUGCUGAGAAGAGCGGUACAGACGUUCCGUUGGAUGCAGGGAUUCCGUUUCGUGCUAAGGCAUGGCCUCGUACUGGAAUACAAAGUCAACUGUUCAAGUGGGCCACUGUUCACUGUUCACGGAUAUGCAUGAGUUUCCUGACUUACCUUGCAGAUGCUAACCUGGUGGCUGGCCAGGCCAAUCAGCUCUGCGAGGCUGCAGCGUCCUGGGUUGAGUUUCUGUAUGCCGAUGGGCAACGGAAAGGUCUGGCUAGCGACGGACUAGCGGGGCUGCAGUACUUUUUGCCUGAAUGCCAGGGGCAUUUAAAGUUAUCUUGGAAGCUGGUCAAGGUAUGGCAACGUAUUGAACCACCGAUGCGAGUGUUGCCUCUGAGUCCUUUGCUGGUCCUCGGUAUGGCAGGCUUGGCUGCUUGCCUGGCGCUUCCAGACAUCGCUGCGGGGCUGUUGAUUUGCUUCGAUGGCAUUUUGAGGAGCGGCGAGCUCUACCAAUUGCGUGUCGGAGACAUCACCUUUUACACUUCGAGGGCAGCCUUGCGACUGGGGCUGACGAAGGCUGGUAAGCGAACCGGACAAGAAGAGAUGGUGGUGAUUAACAGACAAAUAGCAGUCAAGUGGCUCCAUCGUGCCUGUGUCGGCAUGUCUGAUGAUGAACUGCUUCUGCGACGCGGACCGGAUUUCUUUCGCGAGUGCUUCAAGCUGUUUAUCAACGAAUUUGAUUUGGCCGAAUUAAAAAUUAAUGUGUACUCUCUGCGCCGAGGUGGGGCCACUUGGGAUUUCCUUGCAUACCAGAGCAUGGAACGCACUCUACUACGCUGCCGCUGGGCGUCCACGUCCUCGGCGAGGGUGUAUCUGCAAGAUGCUGUGGCAACCAUUGCGCACCUCAAGUUGGCACGGCCAAUCGUGCAGCGACAUUUCUUUCGACGGCUAAAGCCAGGUAGGAACCGUGAAGGAUGGCUGAGAAGCUUGUUUCCUUCUGGCACACCUGUGUCGUGCAGGUCAGAUGUGCAGCUUCUCAGUUGA